UAUACGCGGAUACUCUAGGGCAAGCUUGGAGUAGCAAGAAUGGUGGAGGGCUCGUGGUGGAGCGCGGCGGUGGGGCUGGGGCUAGGGCUACUGGGAAUCACAGGCUCCGCCACGAUGAUCCGGCAGUGGCGGCGCGGCAAGAGCGGUAAGAGUGGCGGCGGUGGCAUUGCGGAGAGAUGGCGGCCCCGGCGAUCAUCGCUCGAUCAGAGCGAGCAGCAGCAGCAGGAUUUGGAUUCCCAGGAUCGAUUCGCUUGCAAGCGCGUGUGCGCAUCGGAUCGGAUGAUGAAGCGAGUGGGCAGCUUUGCAAAGGAUGUGACGCCCAAUUCGUGCGUCACUGUGUGUGGGGUCUCGGAUUUGGAUGCUUGUGCCGAGGCAUGCGCUCGAUCUGUUUGUUCUACACAGCAUCACGUCCCCAAUUGGAACGAUGUUUGUAUGCGGCGGUGCCAGAGCGAGUGUCUAAGGUCAUGAGGGUAUCAAUGCAGAGAAAUUUUUUCUCCUAUACUGUGUUCGUUCUUUUGUGAAACGAAAACGAUCGCAA